AUGGCGUUGGCGGUCAUGGCCGCCUCAUCCAACAAGCCGGCCUCUGCCUCGAAGGUCAAGAAGGCACCACAGAAGAUGGAUAGCAAAAAGGCCUUCGAGAUUCCAGGGCUUCAAGCGCGGCCUUACCACGACGAUGAGUUGCAGGUGGCCUUUGAAAUCAUCGACCUCGACCGCCACGGUGAGAUCGGUGCCACGGACCUCCGACGCGCCUUGCAGCUUUGUGGGGAGCCAGAGCCCACGGACGCUGAGAUCCAAGAGAUGAUCCGUCUCAUGGAUCCUGACGGCAGUGGCUCGAUCGAGUUCGCAGAGUUCCGCAGAUAUUUCGUGGAGCCGCCUCCGCUCUUUCGGAACUUCGACCUGCACCGCCGGGGCGGCUUUGGAGAGGCGCCCGACGAGGAGGAAGAGGAGGAGCCGCCGCCCCCAGACACCCUGGCUUUGGUGGACGGUGGAGAUGCCACUCCUGCGUUGGCGCGCUUGGAGAGCCGGAAAAAGAAGUUCACCUUGAAGGAACAUGCAGAAGGUGAUCCACGGGCGCCCUAUGUCAAAGAGUUGGCCAAGCACGGCAUCACUCCAGAGUUUAUCCGUGAUGUCUACCAAACCUUCGUUGAAAUCGACACCAAAGACACUGGCUUCAUGAGCUUUGAGGCUUUCUGCAAGGUCUUCAGCAAGAAGCCCUCCCCAGAGAUGCGGGAGAUCUUCGAUGCCUUUGACGCCGACCGCGAAGGAGAGUUGGACUUGCGUCAGUUUGUCAUCGGCCUCUCCACGAAAGUGAACGAUAUUCUUCAGAUGCGCGCGACAUUGAAAUGUCAUCAAGAACUUCAGAAACUUGGCCAGCUCUAUGAAUAUCAACCGUCCUUCCUGACGAUCUUCGUGUCACACCAGACACAGGAGGACCGGCGGCGUUUGCAAGAGGCCUACGUGUGGUUCGACUGGUUCUCAGUACCACAAGCUUCCUUCGAGCACGACCCAGAGGUCAAAGAGGAGGUCCGAAGGACUGAAUCAGUCACGCUCUAUUCCGACUUGGUCUUAGCUGUGGCUUUUGCGAAGAUGUCCAGCUUUGCCUUUUUGAAGGACUUUUUUCCGAAGAUGUCAAUUCCAGCCUAUGUGGAUGCAUGUCAGAUGUUUGUAGCCUUGGUGCCGAGUUUGCUGAAUGAGAAGAAGGAGACGGGGAGACGAUGGGACGGUCGCGGCUGGUGCAGGGCAGAAAUGUGGUGUAAGCUCAUGUCCGAAAAGUCGGAUUUUCCCAUUAUCGUGCCAUGGUAUUAUGCGGCCAUGUACGAAUCCUUCUUGGGCUUGCCGCGUCGAUCUAGGAGUCUUGAGGAAUUCCUCUCCUACUUCCGUUUCUCCUCUUUGGAGGAGUCCUUCCGGCGGAAAGGCAUGGGCGCCAUGGCCUGUGCCGUCCUGUCAGCGGACGUGUCCCUGGUGCGGCACCUGGUAGCGUUGAAGGCGCCGCUCGAUGUGCCGUUGCCAGCGAUCGUGGAGGUGGACAUCCUGCCAGCACCUGGGCUGGGCAAGGUGGAGGAUUGGACUCCGCUACACCUCGCCACUGCACACAGCAGCAACAGCAUUGAGAGCCUGGCAGCGCUUCUCGAGCUGCGUGGUGACCCCAACGCCAGCAAUCGCUUGGGUCACCCUCUGCUGGGCAUUUGUGACACCGCCGAAGCGGUGGAGCUGCUGGUGGAGAAGCGCGCCGACGUCAACAAGCUGAGUCCACCCACGAUGGCCUCGCCCUUGGUCCUGGCCUGUCUAAGGUGUGCCCCUCCAGAGGUCUUUGAGUCGUUCAUCAAGCUGAAGGCAGAUGUGAACUUGGUCCAAGGACAGAGAGAAGAGCUUGGAAUGUCCGUCGCGCAGUUGCUCGUCGAGGCCGGUGCUUUGUGGGCUAUGUCUAUGGUGAACUUCAUGUCGACUGCAGAGCGACCUACCAGCGAUGGGGCCAAGGCCAACCCCGAUUUGCCCUGCCGUGCUGGGGCAUUGUUUCGAGGAGUUGAGCUCUUUGCUCGCUUGUACAUGCGCAUGCAGAAGGACAGGGACCCACCGGGCCUCAUUUGGGUCUUCGGAGAGGGUAGCACGACGCCCCUGGGCUACGCUGCCAUGCCGCUGGGCUUUCAAUACUUCGGCAGCGACGGGGGUAACUCGGUGUUGGGUGUGAGCGAAGCCUGCAGCAUGAUGUUGGGGCUCUUUGAGGCGAGCGAUGAGUGCUGGAGCCAUGGAUCAUGGGUUCUUUGUCAUAUGAAUUCAUAUGAUAUAUAA